AUGGGAAGGGUAACGAGAAACAACUGGCCAGCGACAACGUCUGACAUCUGGCUACUGAGUCUGGUCAAGUCUGGUCAUUCACUGGCCUGUAAUGCCAUUGAUCUGCGUCACGUGAUACAGUCGGCCGUUUUGGCGCCCGUUUUCGGGGCGGUUCGCUUCAACAUCUUUGGGUUUCUUGUUCGGUCUCCGCGCUUAGGAGGAGACUGGGCGCUUAAGUUCGGGGGCGAUGUGGGAGCACCUCAGCCACUCAAUGUACAUGCAUCUGUUCAACAAGUGCAUCUUCAUUGGAUACUCGACCUCCUCCGUCUGAGCGACUCGCCCGCCCAACCAACCAGCUGGGGUGUCAACCGCCCGAAACGGAAUCGGAUAGGCCCCGAAUUGUCUGGCCUUCGUCAUUUCAACGAGAUCUCCAGCAGCGGCUCGCGAGCAGACCGGGCCGCUGUGGACAUGACUGCAGGAACCGCAUCCAACCCUGCAGGUUGGCGGCAUAGUGAGGCAGGGCAUUGGACUGUCUACCCGUCGUCCACUUUCGUCGCAACGAGAUUAUGGCGUUUCCGGAUGAAGUCACAGGAAAAGCGAAGCGAAGCGCGGUCGAAGUCGAGAGCCUCCGAGUGA